AUGGCAGACGUCCUCAAGGACGAUUCAGAGGUAGUGAGCAAAAUUCCAGAAGUGGAAAUGGAAAUAAAAGACUUGGACGAGAUCACCACGAAAGAGGAAAUCUGGGAAGCUAUCCAGAAGCAAGAUGGUAUAAAUUUCAACAUCUCCAUGAGUGCCAUCAAGACUCUUCGAAAGGCCUAUGGAGGAACGCAGAGAGCGAUCUUCAGAGUCACCACAGACGUGGCCUCGAAGUUGGAAGAGAAAGGCAAGAUCCGGAUAGGUUGGGUCAACUGCCGCAUUAGCGCUACGAACAGGCCGAUAAAGUGCCUCAAGUGCUGGCGCUAUGGCCAUCUCGCCACUCAAUGCAAGAGGGAAGUCGAUAGAUCGAAACUGUGUUUCAGAUAUGCUGAUCUUGGGUACAAGAUUGCAAAAUGUAGGAAGGAGCCCCGAUGUACCCUGUGUGAUGAAAAAGGGGGCGUUGAGAACGGUGCCCAUAUUGCUGGUAGCAGCAGAUGCCCAGCAUAUACGGAGGCGAUCCAGAAGCUUACCAGCAGACGGCAAUGA